AUGGCUACCAUCACAGAGCCUCACAUUCAAUCUGUGCUCGUGGUUGGCGGAGCAGGCUUUGUGGGAUCGCAUGUCGUUCGUGCUCUCCUCCUGGAACCGGACUGUGACAUAUACGUCGCAAGCAGGGCGCCGGACAGCCACCCGGAUCAAGACAGCCGCGUUACUUACAAGGCGGUCGAUAUCACGGAUGAAGCGCAGCUCACCGCGCUCUUCAGCACGAUUAAGCCACAGGUUGUCAUUCAUACCGUCUCUCCAUCGUCGACAGCACCGGCAGCAGAGCUGGAGCGCACCAACAUUGACGGAACCCGAAACUUGUUGAACGCGGCGGCUGCUAGUUCUGAGACGCGGGUGUUUGUUUAUACUUCGUCUGAUUCGGCUCUUGUGCCGACACAGGAGCCUAUUGAUGAGGAACGAGGGCAGUUGUAUACGGCAGAGAAUUAUAGUAAUGCGUAUGGCAAAACGAAAGGCAUAGCUGAUGCGAUGGUUAUUGCUGCGAAUAGCCCUGCCUUGCGAACGGCAACGUUGCGAAUUCCUGUUGUUUACGGAGAGUACGACUAUAGUAACCUGCUGCCGCGGCUGUUGGGGAGCAUCAAGAGAGGCGAGCACAGGAUGCAGGUCGGUUCUGAUUCCAAGGUGUUUGAGUUUUGCAGUGUCCACAAAGCAGCCGAAGCGCACGUCUUGGCGGCCAAGGCGCUGCUGCGUGUUGACUCUGCUCCCAGGCAAGAUGCUCAGCCUGAUGGCCAGGGAUACUUUAUUAGUGACGGAAAGCCACAGCCGUUCUUUCAGUUUAUGCGGCGCUGCUACGCUGCUGCUGGGGCACCGGUGAAGCCGGACGAGGUGAAGGUCAUGCCGCUGUAUAUGAUUCAGUGCAUUGCUUCGUGCACGGAAUGGGCGUAUGCGAUCUUGACGCUGAAUUACAAGAGGCCGAGUAUGCGGCGUCAGGAUAUUGAUCAUCUUGAUCGAGGGUGUUGCUGGGAUAUUUCGAAGGCGAAGGAGAGGUUGGGGUAUGUGCCGGUGAGGGAUCAGGAUGGAGCUAUUCGAAGUAUGAUGGAAUGGGCUGUUGACAACAUCAAAGUCUAA